AGUGGUGUUUUAGAACACAGAGCAAAGUGGGACUGUGAGUGUGUGACACAGCAAAAGAGGAAGGGAGAAGGCAGUCAGCCAAAAACAUUUCGAAUGAAGUACAAACGCAUAAUGGGAGCUACAACAUAAAAAAAAGGAAUACUUUUAGAUUUUAUGGGAGACCAGGAGAACAUUUGGAGAUGAAGAUCAGAUCAAAUCGGAUGACCAAUUUAUGCAGAAAUCCAGAUCAUGGAGAGUGUGAGCACGCCUGCCGUGUUCAACCUAUCAGAUCUAUCAGUGGAGAUGAACUCAUCGUCUCGCCAGUGGUCUUACUCGGAGUACAGCGAGGCUGUAGCGGUGCUACUAGGCAUCCUCAUGGCCCUGCUAGUGAUGUGCAUCGUCUUUGGCAACGUGCUGGUCAUCACCGCCAUCGUGCGCUUCCAGCGGCUGCAGACGGUCACCAACAUGUUCAUCACCUCUCUGGCCUGUGCUGACCUGGUCAUGGGCCUGCUGGUGGUGCCCUUCGGCGCCUGCUACAUCCUCCUCAACACCUGGCACUUUGGCAGCUUUCUCUGUGAGUUCUGGACGGCGGCGGAUGUCUUGUGUGUGACGGCCAGCAUCGAGACGCUGUGUGUGAUCGCACUGGACCGCUACCUGGCCAUCACGUCGCCGCUGCGCUACCCAUCCCUACUGACCAAGCGCAAGGCGUGCGUGGUGGUGGUGACGGUGUGGGGGGUGGCCGCCCUCAUCUCCUUCCUGCCCAUCCACAUGAAGUGGUGGGUGUCUGAUGAGCCCGAGGCGCUCAGCUGCCUGGAAGAUGCUCACUGCUGUGACUUCAACACCAACGCUGCCUACGCCGUAGCCUCCUCCGUCGUCUCCUUCUACAUCCCCCUGGCGGUCAUGGCCUUUGUCUACGGACGCGUCUUCCAGGAGGCCAGGAAGCAGCUGGAGAAGAUCCGUGGCAGCGAGGGGCGCUUCCAUGCCCAGAUGAUUGACAACAACCAGGGGCAGGAUGGUGGGGACGGGAGCGGCGGAGGAGGGGGGAACGGAAAGAGACCUAAGUUCUGUCUGAAGGAACACAAAGCCCUAAAGACGCUGGGAAUCAUCAUGGGCACCUUUACCCUCUGCUGGCUGCCCUUCUUUGUGCUCAAUGUGGUGGUGACCAUCUGGAAGGUGGACAACAUUAAAAUGCCUUUCAGGAUAUUAAACUGGAUAGGAUACGCCAACUCAGCGUUCAACCCCCUCAUAUACUGCAGGAGUCCUGAGUUCAGGUAUGCCUUCCAGGAGAUUCUGUGCCUGAGAGGGGCUGCUUUCCCCACCAAUGGAUACAUAUAUAGGGGUCACAGCUUGCGCCUAAGCCCCAAGGACAAGCCAGGCAGUCUUUCACAUAAUGUUGGGACCGUGGAGCUGGGCUCUCUGUCUAGUGUCACCAACAUAAACGGGUAUUGCAAUAAUCCUCCUCUUGCCUCCAUUGUCUGAAGCGCAGGGUGUUACAAUGAGACUUGUCUUUCUCGUUUAGUCAGACCCGGUAUGCAGACACGGGAUAGGAAAUGACAUGUGAAUCUAUUUCCAUAUUUAAAUGCAUUACUAUAAGAAUAUUAUUCUAGUAAUGUGUAGGUUAUUAAAUGUUUAAUACUUUCCCUCUUAAUAUUGAACAAAGUCUGCAAAAUACAUAGGAAGUCUAUGGUUUGCGGAUGUAAUCAUGUGUGUGUAUGUGUGUGGUUUGUGGACAUGAGUACGUGCACAUGUUAUGUUCUCUAGUGCUUACUCCUGUGUGCAAAUGAACACCACGGUUCAGGUACUAGGUUCAAGUUUCAAGUUCAGUUGCACAAACAUUUGUUAUAUUGUUCUAAGUUAAAAACAAAUUACCUCAUCAGCAUCAUUUUCGAUUCAGCUCCUUAUCUUAGAGCUCCGAGAACAAAUAAUUAUAGUCUGUUUGUAUGUUGUAUGAAAAAUGAAUAAUGUUGUUAGUUGAACUGACUGUUCUUUACUGGCAGCGGGCUGAAUGAGAUGGAAAUGCCAGGGUAGGAGAGGUAGGAGAGAAUUAACAGGCAGAACAAGAGAUCAAAUCAGGGUUAACAGUAAUAUCUGUGACCCCCACUACUGGCUGUAGCCAGCUCUCUGUAUGUAACACAUUCCAUAUUGAUCUGGGUCUCUCCCAGAGCCAGCUCAGGGACUUCUGUCUGUGUGAUUCUAUACACUCCCUCUGCCAUGGCCCAGAAAUCCAACUCUGAUGAGGGACAGCAGGUGCACAUAAUCACAGGCAGGCGCUAUUACCAGCUACACCACACACGUUGCCCCAUUCCUCCAACCACUCUUCAAUACCUCAACCUUCACCCCCCCCCAAUAUCACCAUUUCAUAACUGAGGUUACAGACGCCUGUCCUGUCGCCUCUCAGACAGUGAAUAAGGACACACAGACAGAAGCCUUUAGUGUGGACCUUACUUUUGUGACUCAGUAACCCCUUGCAAGUACAGUGGUCAGAGCAGCAAUACCUUAAUGCUGGGUAGUGUGGCCACCACUGUACGUCAUUCUGAUACCAAUAUCCAGCCAGUAUACUUAGUCUGUAAAGCUAUGUUUAGGGAUUGCUUUCACACUCUACCGUGCUGGUUUUCUUUUAAAUGACUAGCGUGGAUACUGAGAACUGUUGCUGAUGUUAUUGUGCUGCUCUCCGUUAAUGUUGCUCUUGUGUUGUUGCUGUGAAGUUUCAGUGUUUACAGAGAUUCCUGGACAAACUGUCUGAUUGGGGAUACAAUUAAAGUGUACCAUACAUUUACACAAUGUACUGACUAGCUAAAAAAUAUAAGGAAAUAAACCCCUACACUAUAGCAUCGGCAUAACCUGCACACAUUCUUGUCUGAGGAAGAUAAACUGUAAGAUUUUCAGAGCAAUUUACAGAAGCAAUUCUACGUGUCUUGCUCAAGGGCACAUCAGAUUUUUCACCAUAGUCACCUCAGGGAUUUGAACCAGAAACCUUCCAGCUACUGGACCAAUGCUCUUAAAAGCUAGGCUAUCUGCCGCCACAGUAGUGAUGAAUGAUGUAGGAGUCUGGGUGGAUUUUGUCCAGGUGUUAAUGAAUAGAAACCUUGGUAUCACAUUCAGGCUGUAAUGAACUAGGUUAACGGUGUAGCACACAGUGUACUUGCACUACAAUGUAUUCGCAGACUGCAUCAUGUCAGCCAAGUGAAAAAAGUUAAUCUAAAAUGUUCACUUGCUGUAAAUGUUCAUAAUUAUUUAAAACAUUUCUUAGUAUAUAGGCCUAUACUAAAUCCUAUUACUUUACAAUUGUUUGGAUAGCUAUGUGUGUGUAUGUGUCUGUCUGUAUGUACCUGUGCUAACUGUAUGAGUAUGACUGUGUUUAGACAAUUUUUGAAGCUUUGAAUUCAUAGGAAAAGAUGACGUACCGUGUGUGGUAACUCACAAACCCACCCCCUUUUUUUAUGGACACGAGGACACUUUGAUGUAUGUACUGUACAUGUGAAUAAUGUAUUAUCCUAACAUCGCAAAAUGU